UUUAGUUGAUGUAAAAAUUUCAUGGCAUCAACAAUGUUUCAACAAAGUAAUAAUAUUAACAGUGUUAAUCAAAAUCAACAAUUAAAAAUAACAGAAAAUGAUAGAAAAGAUUUUUCUAUUGCAUUUAAUGAGUGUUGGGAUCGUUUAAAAUUAAAUAAUUAUUAUGUAUGUGAUAAUGAUGAAACACCAACGCUUACUUGGCGUUCAGCUAUUGUCAGUCAGGACAUGUAUAAUUUUAUGGUGACAAUAUUUGAGAAUAUGUCAAAGUAUCUUGUUGACAAUGUAGUUGAUGCAACUGUCAAGGAAAAUUUAAAACAAGAUGAUAAAGUUGAUGAUAAUACACUUGAACAAAAAACAGAAGAUAAUAUUUCACAAAAUAACAUAAUUAUAUUCAAUGAUGAGCCAUUUAAUGAAGUUGAAAUUGAUCGUGUUGCAAAUGAUGAGGCAACAAGUGAAGUAAAAUAUACUGUUUGUAAUAAAUUCAUCAAUACCACUGAUAAAUCAUCAUCAAAAAAAAUAAACAAGGACACAGACAAUGCCAUUGGAUCAACAAAAUCAAGUUCCAAUUCACCAAGUACUUCACCUCCUAAUUCUUUGCAAAAAAAAAAUAGAUUAUCACUUGAUGAAAAAAUAAAAGUACUAAAUCUUGUUAGUGAAAAUCCUUCAUGGACACUUGAUGAAAUUAGAAAAAAUACUGGAUAUCAUCAAAUAUUUAGUUUUAAUCAAUUAUCUGAAUGGCUUGAACAUGUCAAAAAUGGAGGAACAGUUAGAGACAUGAUGAAUAAAUUAUAUGACUCUGUGUAUGAAAAAUUUGUUGAAGCUAAAAAUAAUAAUCCAAAUAAAAAAAUAAGCAAUGAUAUGUUACGUCAAUGGGGUCUUGAAGCUAAAAAAACUUACUCAUUAAAUGGUAGUAUUGGAAAAAUUAAAUUUGAAGCAUCAAUUGGUUGGUUAAAAAAAUUUAAAUUACGUUAUAAUAUUGUUGGAAACAAAUCUGAUCUUCAAGUUGGUAAUCAAAAAAGAAGUCAACGAUUAAAAAAAGAUAAUGUUGAUGUUGAUGUUGAUGUUGCUGGUCAAUCAACUGGUCUAUCAAAACAAUCAGUUUCAACAAAACAAUAUAAAAAAGCAGCUAAAAAAAUUGAGCCACUUGUUGCUAAUAAAAAACGUGAACGUUCAUUGACACUUCAAGAAAAACAAAGAGUUGUUAAUAUGGCAAGAGAACAUCCAAGUUGGAAUUUAAGAAUGCUUAAAAAAAUGAGUGGAAGUAAACAUCUUCGUUCUAUUGAUUCACUUCGUCGAUGGGAAAUUCAACUUGAAGAUGGUGGAUCAAUAUUUGAUAAAAAAGUUGAAUUAAGAAAUUGGGUAUUGUCUAAUUUUUUGAUAAAUAAAAAAAAUAAUAUCAAAAUAACAAAUGACAUGAUUACAAAUUGGUCAAUUGAAGGACAAAAAAAAUUUAAACUUCCUGAUAGUAAUUUUUGUCCAACAACUUGGAUACAUUGCUGUUUACCAUUUUGGACAGUUGAACCACAAAUUGUCGUAAAUGAUUUUUCUCUGUACUACAAAGACUGUACCAAUGGUUUAUGUUUUUACGAGACAUGUGGACAUUCAGGAUGGAUAAAUGGAUAUUUUUUUAAUCAAUCAAUACCAAUUGACUACAGUGUAAUUGAUGAAAAAUUUCUUGGCACAUCAUUUUUUAAUCGAAAUAGAUAUUGUGGCAAGGGUGCAUGUAAUCCAUUUGGUUGUUUUUGCGAAGAUGGUUGUCAAACAGGUAUCACUAAAAACCCAUAUGUUGAUUGUACAUUUAGCUUUGAUGGUGUAAGCUAUUGCUGUUCACCAGCUUGGACAGUUGAACCACAAAAUGUUGUAAAUGAUUUUCCUCUGUAUUACAAGACCUGUAAGGAUGGUGUUUGUGUAUACGAGACAUGUGGACUAUCAGGAUGGAUAAAUGGAUAUUUUUUCAAUCAAUCAAUACCAAUUGAUUACAGUGUAACUGAUAAAAAAUUUCUUAGCACAUCAUUUUUUACUCGAAAUAGAUAUUGCGGAAAGGGUACAUGUAACCCAUUUGGUUGUUUUUGCGAAGAUGGUUGUCAAACUGAUAUAACUAAAAACCCAUAUGUUGAUUGUACUGAUAAAUUGGACAGAGAUAGAAAAGAUUUUACUUAUGCUUUUAAUGAUUGUUGGGAUCGUUUAAAGUUAAAUCAUUAUUAUUCAUUUGGCAAUGAUGAUGAUUGUGAAAUACUUUCUCGACGUGCAAGCAUUGUCAGUAAGGACAUGUAUACAUUCAUGGUAAAAUUAUUUGACAAUAUGUCCAAACAUCUUGAUGCUGAUGUUGUUAAUGCUUAUACUGAUUCCGAGGCUGGUACUUAUGCUAAUAGUGAUACUGAUACUGACUUGACAGUUGAUGGAAUUAUUGAUGUUGAUUCUCGUCAAAAGAUUACAAAAAAUCAUUCAGCUGUUGAACAUAAUUAUACCCACUGA